CCGUAUUUCUCACUUUCGUGGAGACUUGACCCAAAGUCCAAUGCGCCGUGAACACACUGAACAGAACCGUUAUACGAAAGUGCCGGCUCAUACAGGACUGGUCUGGUGUCACUGUUUUUGUGACUGUAUCAUUUAAAAUGAAGGAGCGGAGAACCAGCCAGCCUUUAGUAAUGCGUUGUAAACUGGUUUUGGUGGGAGACGUGCAGUGCGGGAAAACCGCAAUGUUGCAAGUGUUGGCCAAGGACUGCUAUCCCGAGACGUACGUCCCGACAGUCUUUGAGAACUACACAGCUGGACUGGACUUAGAGGAGCAGCGCGUGGAGCUCAGUUUAUGGGACACGUCAGGUUCGCCAUAUUAUGAUAACGUCAGGCCUCUAUGCUACAGUGACGCAGAUGCUGUUCUGCUGUGCUUCGAUAUAAGUCGUCCGGACACCGUCGAAAGCGCCCUGAAAAAGGUGAUGCACCUUACAUUGUCGGUUUUCAAACCACUUUAUUGCCAGGAAUGCCAACAUAAAGUCUCCAUCAUUCAACAGUGGAAAGCAGAAAUUAUGGAUUUCUGUCCCAGUACGCGCAUAAUUCUGGUUGGCUGCAAGACGGACCUCCGCACAGAUGUUUGCACACUGAUGGAGUUGUCCAAUCAGAGACUGACACCCAUUUCUCACGAGCAGGGUACCUUGCUAGCAAAACAGGUCGGAGCGGAGUUGUACCUGGAUUGUUCCGCGUUCACGUCAGAAAAGAGCAUCCACAGCGUGUUCCGCUCAGCAGCACUCACGUGCCUCAACAAACUGCAGCCGCCUGUGAAGCAAAGCCCAACGCGCCGACUCUCCAAACGAAUCCUUCACCUGCCCAGCAAGGCGGAGCUCCUGACUUCGUCUUUCAGCAAACAGAGAACCAAGAGCUGCUCCAUCAUGUGAGCCCACAUCUGCCGCUCUAGCUCCGACAACACAUUUUUCGCUCUUCGAGAGGGGAUGGUUGGGGGGUUUGAGAAGAGGGGAGGUCAUGGCCUUUCGUGACCCCUCCCUUUCUCAACACUUUUGUUCUUCUUCCAUUCUGACACCCCACCUUCAAACACACUUAUCCCUACGUCAAAGAGCAGAUGGCGCUGUUAAGGGUUUUCGCCUGUUUCAUCUCGAUUGACUUCCCUUUACCAGCGAAUGGCUUCACAUGAAGUGCAUUUUGUAUUAAAUAUCAAUCAGACAAAGGAAGGAUUAUUGGACGUGUUAUUUGUAAAAGUGUAUACGCGUAUGAGAGUAGGGAGAGAACUGUGAACAUAAGCUAAUAUUCAAAGUAAGAGGGUCUGAUUAGGUUUAUGCACUUUAGUGGAUGUGAGACGAACUGGACAAAAGCAGAUGAUAGAAUACAAGUUGGUGUUAGUCGCCAUUUUAAUACAUGAUUAAGCUUUGCUUGCACUUGCUGAGGUCAAAAGCUCUGAGGGUUGGCACUGAUUUACAACAAGACAGAUGAAAUGUCAUUAAAGAAAGAGGGUAGGAGCCAAACAAGACUAGAAUGAAAUAUGAGGAUGCUUAUAAAUUUGCAGCUAGAUGAAGCAUCGAAUCACAAAUGUGUAGGAGAUGCUGACACACAGUAUUUCAGUCUCUCUCUCUCUUUACCGUAUUCCUUCAUUCCACAAGAGAGUGGGUCAUAAAUCUCAGUCAAUUGGGAAAAGUCCUGCAAUGGCCUUUUGAGACAGGAUUGCCCUACAGAGCAAAACACACACAAGUCAUUGCCAAUUCCAGCUGUUGAGGGCUUGUUUUUAGAACAUUAUGUCUUUCUCUGAAGUAAUUUUGAAGAUGGGUUGAGAGGAUCAGGGACAGACGGGAUAAGAGAUUACUACAGGACACUUCAGUCCGCCAAAAUUGAUCAACGUUACAUAAGAAUUUAAAAUGUGCUUGUUGUUGCAUUUUUCAAUGCACUUUCUACACAGUCAUCGUAAAAUCUGUCUCAACCAUAAAAUAGUUUGUUUUUACUCGAAUGUUUUCUUUACAUGUAGUGAUGCUCAAUACUAAAGUGCAUUGAAAUCAGUUUGGGAUGCAUUUGGUCAAAAGACGACUAAACGGUAAACCUCACUGUAGUAAUCUCUAUUUUAAAUCCUGCUAUCCCUGGUUGUGUAAUGCUUAAUCGUAAAAUGACAAAAUCCUCAGUUUGGUUUUAUAAAUGGCUGUGUAGAAAUGAAUUGAGAGCUCAGAGGGUAUUACAAGGAAUCGGUCAGAAUCAGUUGUUCAUACUAUUUAAAAUGAUCACUGCUGCUUUGGGAAUAUAUUAUUAUGUAUCAAAUUUCUUAGAUGAUCUGUUUUUCCCUAUACUGAAAUCAACAGGGUUUGUCUUUGUCAUCUAAUGGAUAUUGGUAUUUAACAGCCAUCAAAAAAGAAGCUCAUUCUAAAAGCCUGACAACAAAAUCUUAACGUACGAUCAUGAAUUAUAUUCUUGACAUCUAUGAGUAAAUGGCUCAUUGAAUGCUAACCCAAACAUUUGGAGGAUGUUGAAAUCUACCAUUUGUAGCACCUAAAGUUGAGAACAGAAGAAAUAUAGUGGAUAGUGUGUGAGAGUGAAAACAGUGUGUAUAUUUAAACUGGACCUGCCUUAAUAGCACCUCUGAACUUCUUCAUUAUGAUUUAAAUUUACUUCAUAAGUAUUCCAUAAACAUGCAUCACGUACUAUGGGAUCUCAAAGAGAAGUAAGAUAAGGUGGACUGCCUGAAAACCACCCAAGAAUUUCCAAGAGAUGAAAAUACAGGAAAAUCUCACUGUAGCGUUAAGCAAUGGCGGUACAUAAGGUCAUCAAGACAAUAUAUGAUGCAUCUCACACGCCAUUAUAUAUAAAUUUGUAUGUGUUGGCUUAUUUAGUAGCACUCUUAUAUGUUAUACGUUUGAUGUGGUGGACCUCCACAAACUUCCUGGACAUUAAUAUCGUAAACAAUAAUUUUGUACAGCCCUUUAAAACAAUGUCUGUGAAGCUAACAAUUGAAAAACAGACAGAAUGACUGUGUGAAAUGUUAUGUGUGUAACUUAUUCAUGAAAAGUUGAUUAUUGAUGGUUCUGUUUGAUUUCCUUGACUUCCUCAGUUUCAGACAAUCUAUUUUGUAUUGCAUAUUGUUUAUUGAUUUUGUUCCUUGUCUCUUGUGUCUUAAAUUAAUUAAAACCUUCAUUUGGU